AUGGCGCGCCUUCGCUCCGGGGGACGCGAGCGGCACUCCGGCUCCGAGCGGCCCCGCGCCGGCGCUCCUGCGCGGACGGAGCUCCGCCAGCCGCCCGCCGGGGAGCCAGACGGCGGCGGCGGCUGCACAAAGGCGGCGGCGGGCGGCGGCGACCUGUGGCGGCGGCGCCGCCGUCGCUCUAGCUCGUCCAAAGGGGGCCGCGUCCCUGGCCCCAAGGCGCCCCCUCUGCGCCGCCUCCUCCUCCGGGGCCGCCUCGCGGAAAGGGCGCCGGCGGCUCUACCUGCGCCGGGCUGGCCACCUGCUCCACCUGGCCUUACCUGGGCGGAGGAAGAGGGGUCGGCACAGCGGGCGAGGUGCCUCGCUCCUCCCCGGAAAGCCGGCCAGGCCCUUCGGCGAGUCGGGGGCGCCCUCUCUGGCCCGCGCCGAGGCAGGCGAAGGGCGGAGAGCGCGUCUCUUGCUCCGAAGAAGCCUGCGGACCUUGGACACUUACUUCCGAGUGUUGGUGUCGUAGAGCAAAGCCAAACCCAGAUGGAGGACCUUCUUGCAGGACCAGGCAUGCUGAGGUGCAUGUGUGAACAAAGAAGAUUUGCCCUGCCCUGGAAAGAAAACAGUAAAUGGCUCAAGUGUUGAGCUCUUCAGCACAGAAGGCAUCCAUCUUAACAGAGUGUCUUCUAUGGUCUGUCAUGGAUCAAAGCAGCAAAGCACAACACAGAUAAGGGCCCGUUGUCUCACUUUCCUGUCUCUGUCAGUGAGCACUGCAAGUUGCCAAGCCCUGUCCAGGGCUGUGUGUAGGAGCAAGUAGGAGUCCAAGUGAGUAACACAAUCCGCAAGGAGCAGUUUAACUCAGACUCCAGCCAUGUCCAUGAAUUGCAGCCCUUCCAGAGAAAUGAAAGGUUGCCAUCACGCCAAUGGAGAAAAGUCAAGUUCUGCACCGUUAUGAUGAGAGCAGACCUUGCUCUCUGCCCUGGCUGGCCUGGCAGUGAGAAGGCACCUUUACACAUCCACCUCUAUAUGUUCCCAUCACCCACCGGAGAUCCUUGCAAUGUCUUCCCUCCACAUACAACCUGCCUUUCAGGAUGGUGUGCAUUUUGCAACUCUGAAAAAAUCUGGACGUACAAACUAAGUACAGAAAGUGUUAAAGGGUUGUGCAAUUCAUAGGGAAGGGGGAGGCUGGUACAUCAACAACUGGCAGAAUAAAAAACAAAACAAAAACCUGAUCCUCAAAAGGUUCUCAUUGGGAAGAAUAUACAGUGGUACCUCGGGUUACAGACGCUUCAGGUUACAGAUGCUUCAGGUUACAGACUCUGCUAACCCAGAAAUAGUACC